CAGAUGAUUUAGUCCUGUUGGUCCUCUGGUUGUGACAUUUGCAGGAUUGCAAACUGUGUGUGGUGAAACAACUUUUUCAAGCAGAAGCAACAAAAACAAAAGAAUAGACCCUUCUGUUUGAUGUGACCAUCAUGGAAAGUAACUCAGGAGAAGAUGUGAACUCUGCCCUUGAUCUUGACAAAAAAUAUGGUUGUUUAUUUUUUUGUUGUGAACCGUACAUUUCUGCACAUGUGCUGACCAACCCAAUGUCCACCAAUUCAAAAUUGUUCUCAAUGUUGGCACUGUUGAAUGCCUAUGUUCCCAAUUCCUACCUGAUCAUGGAAGAGUGUCGAGGAAUCCUAGGUCCGCCUGAUCCCAUCUAUGGAGGUCCUCCCUUCGAAGUUAGAAUGCAACCGUUUUCCAAGCUCAUCAAAGUAUCUGGCUCGAAGGUACGCCUGAUCCAUUCAGACAUUGCUAGAAGGUCUGUGGAGCUGUUAGCUGAACUAGGCAUUCCCAGAAGUUCCUUAGCACUGAACUGUGUGUUUCUGCUUUGUGGGGAAGAAGUCCAACCUCACACUGUCCAGUUUGUCAAAGAUUUGCUGACAAAGAGAGAGAUGGGUCCAAAGGGCAAAGAGAAAUUCUCACUGCUAAUUAAAGACAUUGUAGAGCAAGAAAAAUUUAUUAAAGCACUGAUGGUUUUGAUAAAAGCUUCAAACAAAUUCCAGGACAAACACAUUUUCCCCCAGACUGUUGCUCGGCUGUACAACAUUGGAGGAUGUCGCCCAAACUUCAAAAAAGCUGAGAAAUGGGCUAAAGAAGCCAUCAAAAGAGCCCAGAAUAACUCCUAUGCCGCAGACACCCUUGGACAGGUCUACAAGAACCAUUUAUUGAGAGGGGUCAAAGGAUCCUCUGAAGUGAAUAAAAUGGCCGUGAAGGCCCUUGAGGCGUUCAAAGAUGUAGAGAUGAAAGCUAAGAAGGAAUUAGACCCCGAAUGGAGUGAAUAUGAUGGCUGUGCCAACUAUUCCGUUUCGUUCAACAACCGAGGCCAUUUUGGUUUCAUUGAAGUGGCCAAGAUUGUCUCUGAGAAACAUAAACAUGACAAUCCAUUUGAGGACACCCUAAAAUUGGAAGUUGAAGACAAGUUUGAAUUUUUUGAAUGGUAUCUCAGCUACUCCCAGCCUGACAGGAUAACAGUGGAACCAGAUUUCUUUUGGAAAGAUGUUGCCAGUUGCUAUCAACAAUACACAGCAGAAGUUGCAGCUGAUUCCACCAGCUUCCCAGCUCUUCUCGAUUGUCUGAAUCACGGCCUAUUCGUGUCGAAGGAAAAACGAGCUUUCAAGUCUAAGGUGACUGAGAAAACACGACAACAGCUGGAGCAAAUCCGAGAUCAAUUAAAGACUGCUUAUGAGGAAGCUGCAGAUGAUGUCAAAGUGGCAGAGAGGUACAUCCUUUCAAACAUCAUCCUGAGCAACAAGGAGCCUCACUCUCCUCAACACGCCCUGGUUAGAGAACUUCAGGAAAUACUUCAGAGGCUUCUGCCCAAUGGGGCGAAUAGUAAAGGCCCAGAGUUUUACCUUUUGGUCCUGCUGUUGUUUUGGCCAGAGGAGCAGUUUCAGAAGGGUCAAGAAAACAAUGAUGAUGAAAGGUUACAAGAACCUGACACAGACAAGGCUCAGUCUGAAGACCAAACUAUAGAGGAAGCAGAUGUAAAGGAGAACAAUACAGGAGAAGAACCUGAUCAACCCCUUCCUGGCCUCGAAUAUGAACUUGACAUGGAAGAAUAUGUCACCUUGAUGCAAAAGGCCUAUGACAAAGUCUAUGACAACUACCUUCGAGGUCGGUACCUGCUGCCACUGUUUUUUCUAGGGAAGGACUCUGGACUGAGCAGAUGGAUCCACAGGUCUAGACUGGAUGCAGCGGUGGAAAACCGGGUGGAAACGGAGCUCGCUAAUAAACCAAGGGACACAAAUAGAAACAAAAUGAAAAGAAAGAAGAUCAAUGAUAUGUGGGAUAGUGGGGAGGUGUGGCAGCUGCCACAAAUCCAGGAAAUGCUUCAGCCCAUUCAAAUGGAGACCAUGCAACAGAGUGGAGGAGAUGAAAAAAUGUUUCUUAGUGUAGGCGGGAAGAUAAUAAGAAAAUAUCAGUGCCAGGUUCACCAUGUGCAUGAAUCUGGCACUUUGAGCCCAAAGCGUUUUUAUCUUGGCUUCAACAUCAGGGGUCCUGUCAUCUUCAAAGUGGAGGAUUAUUCAGAAAAACAUGAUUGUAAAGGUACAAAUCAGCAACAGAACACUGCUUGAGUCAGUAUUGGUUUUCAGGACAGAAAGCAGCAUUUUUGUUCAUUCCCUAAAGUUUCUGACUCUCUGGGUCUGUUAAAAGAAGGAACUCUGUGAAUUAUCCAACCAGUCAUUGUUGAUUCUGGGACUGUACAGAAAAACUUCACAUCUGAAAAGCUCACCGAUCAGUUUUCAGCUUUAUUCUGCAAACUUCAUGUUGGAUAUUAUUACUGUUACCAAAUAUAUUAAUUACAGUGUCUGUUUUUGUCUGUUAGGUUUUAAGGUAGGAACGAUAUUAAUCAACGGUCUUGGAUUCUGUGAUAUCAUUAACAUAGCAUGAAUUAAAUUGGGUUGAUUUUGAUCUCUUUCUCCUUGUUUCUGUUGUUUUAAACACA